CUACACAGAUGAGGAGUUAAUGGUUGUAAAGGGGUCAUCGAUAUAAUCGGACUGACUAACGUAUAUGUUUGAUAUUUCAACCUCACGGACAAUGUAAAACACAAAACAUCAUUCUGACAUGGGAUGGCUCCUUGUGGCGGUGCCACCACCUGGCGACAAGGCAUGGGAGGCAACUCGCUGACAUAAACUGACGCCACCUACAUUUGGCUCAUGUGAUGACACGAUGCACCCAAACGGCCUUGAGGAAACAGACCUCCGACAAACCCACAAUCAACAUCAGCCUAAGACAUUCAUAUGACAGACGGAACGGUGCUAUUCUUGUUUCCCCAAGGGAACCUUUGAGAGACAAAUAUCCAUGUGUAGAUGCCGUGGAAACUUUUGAAAUCAAAUAUAAAUUUGAAAACAAAAAUGAUCGCGUGAGUCUUGGGAAGGAACCAGAAGCUGGCAGUGUAGAGUAAUGCCAUGGAAACGGACAGAAAAACCAGAAGUAGCCAUUCCUCAAAUGAGCGUGUGACAGCGGAGGUCAGGCAACCUCACCCACAUGAGAUGGCCAGUCUACUAAAAAGUUCCAGUGACUAUGAAGCCUCUGAUAUUGCAAAGAUGGCUGUAGCUUAUAGUUCGUCGAUCAAUGGGAGAAGAGAUGUGCACACGGAAUCACGUUUAUAUGAUAAAGCUAAUGAAGGGUCGUAUGAAAAGCCCACGGCAUAUGAGACGCUCAGAACGGAGGAGACACGCGACGGUUAUGAGAACACAGAGGAGACAUCGGAGACACACACGAGAUAUGACACUUUCAUAUCACAAGAAACACAAAACGUUUAUAGGAGUACCAAGUCGCAAGAUUCUCCGGAGGUGUACAUUAAUUCAAACCCGAGACAAAAACCCCGAAACGUCUCAGAAAUCAACAUGGUCUUGUUGCAGAAUGCGACAAUAGACUCAAGGAAUCUUCAUCUGUAUGGUCAAAAUAACCCACAUCAAGAAGCAUUUCCCACAAGUGAGACACAAAUUACAGAUCAGAAGGGACCUGAGUUGCAAAAGAACAUUAAUCAAGACCCUGUACUUCAGAGUUAUUUAUGCCGGAAAAUCAUAACAUCCGAUGCAACUGGAUCGUCAAUCAAAAUGGUGCCCGGUGAGAAUGUAGCACGCUCGGUUGAGAGGAAGAUGAUUGUUCCUGUAGUAGACAAUAGGGAAUCAACCCCGGACAAGUUUUCAGACAGAGAAGCGCCAUGCAGGACAACUGAUCUGGACCAAGAGGGCACUGAUGGUGAAUGUUAUUCUCGGGGGGAUACUUGUGAUGAAGGUGUCAAAAUCGGAGAGAUUAAUGACUGUCAAAUUCCCGUUGCAAUUGCAAAUUUCUAUUCAAGUGGAAAUGAUAGAAAAUUCCAGCGUGAUUUGUCAUAUAUCAUCGAUUCACAGUCAAGAAAUAAACUACCUCAUAUUAGAUAUAUCGUCAAUAAAAAAGCCGAAGAUAUUGCUUCCUCUGAGGCCGCGCACAGUGUGAAGCUUGGCGAUAAGCCAUUGUCAGUUGAAAUACAUGGAGAACCCGUAACAAGUGUCUCGUCUCAUAUAAAUAAUGACUUACCCAUCAUAGAGAGGGAUCUCCACAUUGGCACAUCUCAUCCAAAGGACGCUAUAUUGUAUAUUGCUCAAACAAAGGACGCUGCACUGUAUCUUGCUCAAUCAAAGGAUACCAACCUGUAUGUAGAUCCUACUAAGGACACAACUAUAUAUAUUGCUCAAGCAAAGGACCUCGCUCUUUAUGCCCAGGCUCCGAUAGAACGAUACACUGCUGUUGAAGCGACGCGGACUGAAGAGGCCACGAAGUAUAUUGACAAGAAUAGCCUGGAGCAACAUGUCGAAAGCUCCCACAGAAAGGAGACAUUUGUGUAUGGACCAACUCCUACUUCAGAAACGUCCAAUGAUGAGGAAUCAGUCGAGGUGUCGACAGGUGACGUCGACGACCUCUCACUCAUUAGGCGUAGUGUCAUGAACAACAGCAAGAAUGCCGUGGAAAGAUUCGACAACAGUGCCACCAUUGCUGUAGAUGCCUAUUCCAGUAACAUCUCUAACAGCGAUACGUCUUCUUCAACCGCUGACGUUUCUUCUGUUCGAGACGUUGGUAACGUUGACAUUAACUCACAAGAUGACGUGCAUGACGAAUCCGAUGCAUCUACCACCAACUCUACCCUAAUCAAAAAGCGUCCAAGAAGAAGCGGAUCAGCAUCUUCAAAGAGAAGUAAAUCUGAAGCUGGGUACAAGUCCUACAAGUGUACCUCCUGUGAUCGCUUCUUUCCUUGUUCCAGCGCCCUGGACCGACACAGACAGAACAAACACCCACCACAUGUAGUGUGUCACACAUGUUCUAUCUGUGGCAAGGCACUGUAUCAUCCUAGCCAUAUCUAUAUUCAUAUGAGGACACAUGUUUGAUCAGGCUGACGUCAUUGCGAAAGGUCCAAUCUGUUUGAAAACGAGGUAGGUAUACCGUUGUAAGUGAGCCGUUUUGAAAAGACCCGUUUGAUGAUAAAUAUGGUAUCUUCACCAAGGGCAAGUGAUCGUGGUAUUCGCAUGCAAUGUAUUCUAACUACGUCUUCAUAUUUGCAUUGUCACUGGAAUACAAGUGUGAUAUCUAAACGCUGGUCAUCAAAUGGUUCAUAUUGAAGAAGAAUAUGAUAAAUGGAUCAAGCAUGGCCUGGUAGGGAUCCACAGAAGGUGCCUGUAUGAAAUCUUGAAAUUGUCUUAUAUAAACAUACCUGGAAUUGUCAAUGUACGUAUGUGUUCAGAAACAAGACAACUGAUUAAGUGCUUUCAUACAUAUCUUGUAAAAGUUGUACUGAGCUUGAAAAGGACAAUUGCAAUUGGUGUGUCCAAACGUGCUCUAUUGAAAAUGUAUUGAAGAAUAGAAGCAGAGGAAACAUAUGGUAAAGUGUAAUAAGCUGGCUAUGUCUUCUCUGUGCGAUGGUACUCAAAGAUCAGUAUCACGAUCUGUCGAUGGUUUAACUCAUUAAAUGUCAAUAUCCUAUGUGCUACAUUCAUGAGCAUGUUGUCCAUCUUAAAGAGAUGAAGCAAUGUGUUGUAACUUUGCUGUAGACAUAUCGGCGACAUAAUCCUCCGAACAAAAGCAUUUUAAGGUUAUUGUGCUUGUGUACAUGCAUACAUACAUAGCUAUUGCAUUGAAGAAAAUGCCCGAAGCAUCUUUGACCUACUAAACAUAUCUCUGUAUCUCGUUUUUCACAUUAUUCAUUAUAUCUUUCAACGUUUUGAAUGACCAGUUUCAUAUGAUCUUUUCAUUAAUGUUUCAAAUGUGAUGUUCUUUUAUGAUCGUGUAUUUUUACAAAUGAUCACAAUCAUCUAUGUUACGUUGUUUGUAUAACUAUACCGGGACAGGUCAUUUAUUAUAAGGGUUUUGGGUUCUGGGUUCUAGGUUCCAGGGUCGGAGGUCGAUUA